UGACCGGGUCGAUCGAACGCAACCUGUGCACCCCAAGGCACGACUCGGAGACCACCCUUAUCCCCGACCCCCACUUCCAACUCCCACCCUUCCAGCUCGAAGAGCUUGGCGCAAGCUUUUAGAACCCCCAGCUACCAACGACUCAGGCGGGACCAGCCUCCUCGUGUAUUUACCCAGAAUCGGGUAUACCUGUACGUAUAACCGUAUUGCUCCGCACGUAACCCGUACACGUGGUGAUGAUCUUGCGGUAUACUUGCGGACGUUGGGGUCGGCGAUUGACAAUCAAAACUGGAACCGCGAUCUUGCUGCAGAGUGAAAAGACCAUUUGGCAAAACACCAAGGAAAAAUCCUGCUUCUUCCCGAUGGCAAACUUUUAGAACCAAAGGAGUGAAAGUUACUCGAGAGUAAGAAGUUACGAGAACUGCCCAACCGGUGGCUGGUAGUUGUCCCAACUCCGAAGAUCAGGGUGGAGCAAACCCAUAGUACAGUCGAAGAGUUGUAAAUACGUAAGUAUGAUUUAACGAAGGUUUGAAAGUACAACUGAAAGGACUUGAGGUAAUUGUAGUCGAAACAAUAUUCCCUUGACAGAAAGCUUGAAAAAUCAUAAAAUACAGCCAAACGAAUUUCAGGCAACUAGAGAGAUAUCCCGCAACCACUUAUUGCUCAAGGUUAUUGGCAACGCUUGGAGAACUUUCUGCGUAUUAAGUGAAAUAGUGGACUAGACACACAUUCAUGUAUUAUAUGUAUGUACGAUGCAAUAUGUAUGUCCAUACAUACAUACAUAUUAUGUUGGUGGAUCUUCUUAAUUAACUACACGAAGCAAAUGGUUGCAUCGUGUACCACUGUGCAGUCUCGCGCAUUGGCAUUGUUUCAAGAAUACUUUGCUUGAACAGCUUCGCCCAUUAUCGGCAACAAUUACCAAUCACUAAUUGUGUAUUCAAAGUCUACGUUUACCGAAUGAUAAAUAAAGAUGAGGAAAAACGCUCCCAAGAGAGGCGGAGAAGUCUGAUGUAUCUGAUCGCGGAGUUUCUGCGGGAACAAGGAUGUAUAGAUACGGUCGAAUCGCUGGUCAAAGAGGCUCAACUCUCGGGAGACUAUCAAGUCUGCGACAACAUCGAUUUGGACACCGUCCUCGUUGAAUUUUCUGACUACCACUACGCCAAGUACAACAAAUACCCGAAGAUAUGUAAAAAAAUUGAGCCAACAGCCUGCAAUAACGCUGUCAACAUUAAUCCGAUUAAGAAGGAGAAGAUCAACAGAAACUUGCGGAAACCAGCAGACGUGCGGCCGACCGAGCUGGCUAAAGGUAAACCAUUACCGAAAGUGAAUAAUGUGCAAGCCGCGGCCGACAAUGAGCCAAACUUGGGUAUCACUGUGACUCCAGUCUUCCAAUCUUCCGGAAAUGCAGAGCACGUUAAUGUAUCAGCCGUCAACGAGGAGGUCGCACACUUUGCCAAAGAACGAAUUCUGAAACCAAUUGGUAACUUGUACCAACUCGGCACAGAAUGGAGGGAUAUGGCUGAUACGAUAUCCAGGGAUAUCGUAAUGACGGACUUGAACGUUCAUUGGGACGACAUCGAAGGCUUGAAGGAGUGCAAGAGUCUACUGAAAGAGGCUACGGUGUACCCAAUGAAAUAUCCCGAGCUUUUUGGUGGCAAGCUAGCUCCAUGGCAAGGAAUCCUUUUGUACGGCCCUCCAGGAACCGGUAAAACCAUGCUGGCUAAAGCUGUUGCCACUGAGUGCAAGAUUACAUUUUUCAACAUUUCGUCAACUUCGAUCGUCAGCAAAUGGAGAGGAGACUCGGAAAAGCUAGUUCGAAUCCUUUUCGACCUGGCAGAACAUCAUGCCCCAGCGGUAAUAUUCAUCGACGAAGCUGACUGGGUGGUUGGUAGUCACGCGGAUGUGACAUCUUCGAACUGCACAGACCCAGCCAGACGUUUUCGAGCGGAACUGCUGGCCAGAAUGGACGGACUUGUUUCAUCGAAGAAUCGAAUUCUACUUCUGGCCGCCACAAAUUCGCCCUGGGAACUGGAUGCCGCGCUUCUUCGUCGACUCGAGAAACGUAUUCUCGUUGACCUUCCGGAUGUGAGGAGUCGUUUUGAAUUUCUUCGAUCAUACGUCCACGUCGACCUCCUCCAAGACAAAGACUUCUUCGAAUUGGUACAAAAAACCGAGGGUUACUCCUGCGCCGACUUAAAGUUGAUAUGCAAAGAAGCAUGGAUGAUGCAGUUACGCCCGAUUUGGCAAAUGCUUGAGGAAAACAAAAUCGUACGCGGGGAAAUUGGAAAAAUUCAUCAUGGAACCAUUAGUAAAUUGAACUACCUCCAGAUAGCCUUUGAUCGAAUUAAGCCUACAUCGAAGCACAUAGCCGACAUGUACAAACAGUGGAAAGAAAAAUUUGGUGCAUCCUAAUUAUAAUAAUGUUCUAAACUGACCAAACAGAGUAGUUCGAGGUCAGACGUAUAUUGAUCGAAACCAAACAUUCACACUGUUGGACAUUUUUCUCCCGAAAUACGCUCUAUGUGGAGGUGCAUCAUCGGAUCGUAUUUCACCUCAAGAUCGCUAUUCGUAGAAAAUGUUCACUUGUUCGCCGCAUCGAAAAAUGGGAUAUGAAUACUACAAAGUAGAAAACCAAGUAAGUUCGGCGCACGGAAGAUGAAAAUGCACUGCGAUCAAAUUAAUAUUACGCAACUUCGAAAUAAUUAUAGUAUCAUGCAUAUUGAAUGAAAGCCAUGUAACGUAGAGCCUGAACAAGACGUGACCAUUUUAAAAUUGAACUUUCAAAAUAACAAAUAUAUGUACACCUUUGCGAUUUCUAUAAAGUUAACACUUCGCUAA